GCCUGGCGGUGGGAGUGUUCGUGGUGUACGUGGUGCACACCUGCUGGGUCAUGUACGGCAUCGUCUACACCCGCCCGUGCGCCGGCGACGCCAACUGCGUCCGGCCCUACCUGGCGCGGCGGCCCAAGCUGCAGCUGAGCGUGUACACCGCCACACGGUCCCACCUCGGUGCCGAGAACGGCGUCGACCUGGUCUUGAACGUGCAGGACUUCGACGUGGAGUCCAAGUUCGAGAGGACAGUUAAUGUUUCUGUACCAAAAAAAACAAGAAAUAAUGGGACGCUGUAUGCCUAUAUUUUCCUCCAUCAUGCCGGGAUUCUGCCAUGGCACGAUGGGAAGCAAGUGCACCUAGUCAGUCCCCUGACUACCUACAUGGUCCCCAAACCAGAAGAAGUCAACCUGCUCACUGGGGAGUCUGCUGCACAGCAGCAGAUCGAAGCAGAAAAGAAGCCCACGAGUGCCCUGGACGAGCCAGUGUCUCACUGGAGACCAAGGCUGACGCUGAAUGUGAUGGUGGAUGACUUCGUCUUCGAUGGUUCCUCCCUGCCCGCCGAUGUGCAUCGGUACAUGAAGAUGAUCCAGCUGGGGAAGACCAUGCACUACCUCCCCAUCCUGUUCAUUGACCAGCUGAGCAACCGGGUGAAGGACUUGAUGGUCAUCAACCGCUCCACCACGGAGCUGCCACUCACCGUGUCCUAUGACAAGAUCUCGCUGGGGCGGCUCCGCUUCUGGAUCCACAUGCAGGACGCCGUGUACUCCCUGCAGCAGUUCGGGUUUUCAGAGAAAGACGCUGAUGAAGUGAAAGGGAUUUUUGUAGAUACCAACUUGUAUUUCCUGGCGCUGACCUUCUUUGUCGCAGCGUUUCACCUUCUUUUUGACUUUCUGGCAUUUAAAAACGACAUUAGUUUCUGGAAGAAGAAGAGGAGCAUGAUUGGAGUGUCCACCAAGGCAGUGCUCUGGCGCUGCUUCAGCACCGUGGUCAUCUUCCUGUUCCUGCUGGACGAGCAGACCAGCCUGCUGGUGCUGAUCCCGGCAGGCAUCGGAGCCGCCAUCGAGCUGUGGAAAGUGAAAAAGGCAUUGAAGAUGACUGUCCUGUGGAGAGGCCUGCGGCCUGAGUUUCAGUUUGGCACUUACAGUGAAUCCGAGAAGAAAACAGAGGAAUACGAUACUCAGGCCAUGAAGUACUUGUCUUAUCUGCUCUACCCUCUCUGUGUUGGGGGUGCCGUUUACUCGCUCCUGAAUAUCAAGUAUAAAAGUUGGUAUUCUUGGCUAAUCAACAGCUUCGUCAAUGGAGUCUACGCGUUUGGCUUCCUGUUCAUGCUACCCCAGCUCUUCGUGAACUACAAGAUGAAGUCGGUGGCGCACCUGCCCUGGAAGGCCUUCACCUACAAAGCGUUCAACACCUUCAUUGACGACGUCUUCGCUUUCAUCAUCACCAUGCCCACGUCCCACCGGCUGGCCUGUUUCAGGGACGACGUGGUGUUCCUUGUCUACCUGUACCAGCGAUGGCUUUAUCCUGUGGAUAAGAGCAGAGUGAACGAGUUCGGGGAGUCCUACGAGGAGAAGCCCAAGCGGAAACCCCACGCAGACUGAGCACCAUCCCCACCUCGGGGGCCACAGGGCACUGCCAGCAGGACAGCAUGGAGUGUCACCGAGUGUCUGCGGAAGCUUUGGGAGGACUUUCCUGCACGUUGCAUCUUCUGCAUUGCCAAAAGCCCUUCAGAUGUUUCUUGAGCGUCUCCCAAGUUCCCUUUAUGUUGGUUUUGGAAGGAACUGGUGGCACCUGCCCCCCCACACACACACUCACAUGUGGACGUCGGUCUCGGUCACAGAGCUACUGGGUGUUGGCGGUCACCUGUCUGGGUGGCAGCUUCCAGCUCAGGGGCGUUCAGUGGGGGUCGGGGGCAGGCUAGUCACUGCAGCAUCUCCCCCACCCCCACCCGGCAGAUCCCGGGAGCCCUUGAAGGCAGGGAGGGUGUCGGCCUGCAUUUCAAGUUGGUUUUUAAGUGUUCCUUACUGAAUUUCAAAUGCAUAUGGAAAUUCCUUAUGGAUUCUGGGAUCAAAUGGCUCUUUUUUCCCUUUUGUUUAAAAUUUGAUUGUUUUAAAGCUUAAUGUACGUAUGUUUCUAUUUUAAAAUAAAUUUCUCUGGCUGUGA